AUGCCUUCAGAGAUUCUGGAAAACUGUGUCUCCACUCAUUUGGACUCUGGGAUCUACAAACAUAGAAGCCGAGGAACUGAUUUUUCCACACUGCUCCGAUGCAGUAUGGAUAGUGUCUACUUCCGGAUAUUCUUGAUUAAGAAUGUCUGUGACUGUGACAGUGACAGAGAUCCAUGUCUUCUAGCUCUGAGUUAUCCUCAGCUCCAAAGUUUCCUCAGGCUGAAAAAACAGCGGCAGAUGCAUCUUUUGCUGGAGAACAAUCAUCUGAUGUUCCAAGUUGAUCAGUCUGUUUCAUUACACAGCCAGCCUUUUGUAUUGCUUCUGUUCUUCAGAUGCUAG